AUGGAAAAUAUUUAAAUCAGUAUAUUUGUUAAUUAUGUAAUAGCUGCUACUUUUUUUCAAAAAUUAAAACCAAGAUUGAGGUUUAAGAAAUAAUCAGAUUAAUUGAUUAGUAUCUGUAAUCAUCUAAUUCCUUUUAAUAAUAAUACAAUUUUUCACCAAACUUAAUUUAACUAGAAAAAAGAGUUACAAUAUGUAAAUUAAAAGAUGUCAAAUAAAGAUUGUGUUUCAAAUAAAAUGGAAUAUAAAUCAAAACUAAUAAAAUUAAAAUAUAUAUUAUAAAUUUACUUUACUGCUUUAUCUUAAUAUAUAUGUUCCUGGUUUUAAAAUUCCGCUGAUUGGUUAAGAAAAUACCAGGUAUUUAUUUUUUACAGAAAAUUCAAUGGAGUUAGAGUCUUAAAUUAAUUUAUAUAAGAAUUCUUUAUAAACAGAAAUGCAAUUUUAUUAGCAAGCUCAAAUAUACCUACAUAAAGGAGUGAUUAGCUUGGUGGAAAGAAAACUCCAAAAUAUUUCCAUAUUUAUCAAACAUUUUAUAUUUUAAUAUAUAUUCAUCCAGUGUAGCCUGUGAAUAACUAUUCUCUAAAGCUGAAGAAUUAGUAAGACAAAAGAGGAGAAAAAUAAACUCAAUUUACCUACUUAUUUUUAAUUCAAAUGAUUGAGUUAAAGAAAUUAAUCAUAUUUAAAUAUAAUAUUUUUGACAUACAGUAUAAAAAUAAUUUAUCAAAUGAAUUAGAGAUAAGAAACGCGAAUUUUAUUUAACAUAUAUUAUUUGGUUAUGUAUCUAAUAUUUAUAGUUCCAUUUAUUUAUUUGCUUGUUAAUAAAAUUGUGUUAAUAAUAUGAUAAUUUUAAAAUUUGAAUGGAAACUAUUUAAAUGA